AUGGAGGCCUCAAUGCUCAGGACCCUCGUCGAGGUCGAAUCUCGAGACCGUGACAACGAUCAACCCCUGCUACCCGCCGCACCUGCCAAAGCAGUACCUCGAACAUACCCCGGCGCACCUCAGCGUGAAGGAGGAUCGAUCGAGCUUCAACGUAUCGACACCAAAAAUGCCCACAGACACACCGACGACAAUACCAAGACUGCCGGCGAUAGCAAGGCACCGUCCCGGGCCCAGUCCCCGGCCCGCACACCAACGACAUCGGGAAGCGACCUGGAGAUGAGCCGUCCUUCGACCCCCGUCGCCAUCGAAGCCUUACAGAGCAUCACGGAACCCCACAUGAACCGCUUCCGUCUGGCUGCCUCCAGUCUCAUGGGCUUGGGCAACGGCCUCAAUGACAGUGCACCUGGUGCCCUCAUCCCCUACAUGGAAAAACAUUACAACAUCGGCUACGCCGUCGUUUCCCUCAUCUUCAUAGGGAACGCUCUGGGCUUCAUCUUCGGCGCCCUCGUCCUCGAGUCCCUCCGCGCCAAGCUCGGCCGCGCCCGCCUGCUCGCCGUCGCCCAGCUCCUCAUGGCGUUCGCCUACGUGCCCAUCAUCGCCCAGGCCCCUUUCCCGGUCAUAGUCGUCAGCUUCUUCAUGACCGGCUUUGGCAUGUCCCUCAACCUCGCCAUCAACAACGUCUUCUGCGGCUCCCUGCAGCAGGCCACCACGGCCCUCGGUUUCCUCCACGGCGCCUACGGUCUCGGCGGCACCGUCGGGCCCCUCAUGGCCACCGCGCUCGUCACCCAGGCCCGCGCGCGCUGGAGCACGUAUUACCUCAUCACCCUGGGCAUCGCGCUCUUCAACGGAGUCUUCGCGACCUGGGCCUUCUGGAAGUACGAACGCGAGCUGCCGCCCUCUCAGCAACCACAGACCGCCGGCGCGGACAAGACGUCCUCGGCCCAGCUUCUCUCCUCCAUGUUCUCCGCGCUGCGGCUGCGCAUCGUCGCCCUGGGCGCCCUCUUCAUCUUCGCCUACCAGGGCGCCGAGGUGUCCAUCUCGGGCUGGGUCAUCUCCUUCCUCAUCGCGGAGCGCGACGGCGACCCGGACGCCGUGGGCUACGUCACGUCCGGUUUCUGGGCCGGCAUCACGCUCGGGAGGUUCCUGCUCUCGCACCCGGCGGCCCGCAUCGGCGAGCGUCUCGCCGUCUUCAUCGCGACCGUCGGCGCCGCCGUGUUCCAGGUGCUGGUGUGGUGGGUGCCCAACGUCGUCGGCCCGGCCGUCUCGGUGGCCGUCGUCGGGCUCUUGCUCGGGCCGAUUUACGCGUGCGCGGCGGCGACGUUCAUGAGGGGCAUGACGAGGCACGAGAGGGUCAGCGGGAUGGGGGUGAUUAGUGCCUUUGGGAGUUCCGGAGGCGCCGUUGCGCCGUUUACGACGGGUUUGCUUGCGCAGGCUUCAGGGGCCUGGGUGUUGCAUCCCAUUGCCAUCGGACUGUUUGUUGUCAUGCUGGCGACGUGGUACGGCAUUCCGCACGCCCGGAAGAGAAGCGUGUAA